UCGCGGGAGUUCAGGAAAACGCGUGUUUGUUUUCGCACAUCCAGGAUGAGUGUCCACACUGCCUUCCGGCCUCUGGCCAGCCUCCACACAGCCGGAAUCCAGAGGAUUCUCAAGAGGCAAAUCUCCUAUGCUGAGAUCUCCAGGCGUCGCAGUGAUCUUUUCACGGCCGAACAGACUGCCCAGCGGGCGAAAGUGGGACGCAUUGAGCGGAUUGAGGUUAGAUACCUGGGCGUACCCCAUGACACGACCCUCAUGAUGAACAGGAACAUCUCCACGCCCUUCAACUGCGCGCAGCAUCUCAGCGAGCAUCACUGCAAGCGCUCUGCCCUGGCGCUGCUGGACGGGAACGUGCCCUGGGACAUGCACAGGCCUCUCCAAGAGUCUUGCACUCUGCAGCUGCUCACAUUCACCUCCGCCGACCCGCACGCCGUGAACCGCGCCUUCUGGCGCACUUGCAGCUUCCUCCUGGGCGCCGUACUCUCCACCACGUUCAAAGACGAGGCUCAGCUGCAGCUGCACAGCUUCCCGUCGCCCAACGUGCGCUCCGGGAGCUUCGUCUACGAUGUCUCGCUGGCGCAGCCCGACUGGAAGCCCACGCUGCUCGAGCUGAAGACCUUGUCUGCCGAGAUGGUGAAGCUGGCGGCCAGAGAUCUGCCCAUUGAGCGUCUGGAGGUCAGCACAGAACUCGCGCUGGAGAUUUUCCAAGAGAACGCCUUCAAGAGCCAGCAGAUCCCCGACAUUGCCGCCAAGAACAAUGGCCAAGUGGUGAUCUAUCGCGUCGGCGAGCACGUGGACAUCAGCCGAGGCCCGAUGGUGGCGUCCAGUCGCCACGUUGGGCGCUGCACGAUCGCCUCCGUUCAUCCCGUGGGCAAACUGACGCGCUUCCAGGGCGUUGCGCUGCCUCCGGACUUCAUCAUCAACCACGUGGCGUACGGAAUCCUGGAGAACAGGGCCAAGAAGCUCAAUCCUGCGCGCCUUCCGACGGAGAGUGAAGAGCAAAUGCGUGUGAAUCUGGCCUGAAAGCAAUAAAGUUGAUUUGUAGAGUAAAUUUUGCGUGUUUGCAAGACUGCCUGAUAUUGUAAUCGGCCGAGAGAGUCGAUAAGAAAAUUGUUCUUGGCAUGUGAUCUUUAUUUCUUUAGAAGAAUAAUCUUUUUAGAACGCAUAUUACUACCUCAGCUUUCAGCAUAGAAGAAUUUAUUGAAUUUUUGAGCUUCAGCCUAUCAAAGCGUACGAAUAAUGACUCAGUCUGAAGAAGGUUGAUGAAAAAAUGCAUUGUCUGGUCAAUUUGUUGUUAUUUCUUUGGCAGGAGAAAGUGAAUAUCGACAGAAAAACUCUGGGAUGCUGCAAAAAAAUGACACUAUUCGUGAUUAAGCAAAAAUUACUGUACACGUUAAUAAUAUUAAGAGGAAAAAAGAGUCGCGCGUCACGCAUUCAUGAAAGUCUGCCGUGCGCGCCAAAAGAUAAGCAAACUUUGACUUCUCUUUCAGUCUGAGUCUAGUUGGGAAGCAGUAAACAUUCUUCGAUUUCUGCUCAGUAUCUUCCAAGAAGUCCACUUAGGGGUAAAUCCGAAAAACAAGUUGUAUGCUAAUAGAUUUCAAACUAGAGAACCAGAUCUUUAGUGAGAUGCAUAAAAACUGAUCAUAAUAACGUGUAAUCAGUGUCACUUGAUCUGUGAUUGUGAAAAGGUGUCGGAAAUUAACUUGUAUUUAUCUGUAAAAGAAGCUGCGAAAUAUUAAUAAAACUUCGAGAGUUAAUACAAAGUUAGUUAAUUAGAUUAUGAUCAAUAAACUAGAACCAAAGCGUUUUUUCAUAAACAAUUCCGAUUAAACACUCAUAAAUCAAUUGUAUUAUUUCAUAACUGGAAGAUUUUGAGUCAGCUAACUGAGACG